CACUGCGUCCUGACCCAAAACGGCGUCGUCCCAGUUUGAGAAAACGACGUCGUUUUUACCUUGGGUUGGAAUAAAACCCCUUUCUCAUCUGGGUUUUGCGCAGUUGGAAGGCCUCCAACAGCUGAGCUAGUAGCUUUUCAGUUUUCACUACCUUUGAUUUCUUCAGAACCCAAUUUUCAAAUCCCCCUUAACCACCAGACCCUAAAUUACUUUCCCCUGUUUUCAUAUCACAGCGGAGUUUUCCAUCCCAAUAGAUUUCUGUUUUCCUCUGCAAGAUUCAAGUUGCCGAAAAUGGCAGCAACUGCAGUUUCUGGCCUGCAAAUGGCAACAGCAAGGCCCCAUAUUUCUUCCUCUCAUAGAAUUUUCAAGGCAGGGGCUGCUGUGCUUGGCGCCAAUUCUAAAGGGAGAUCUUGGGCUGAGCUUGCUAGUGCUUGUCAUAUAUCAUAUUUCCACCACUUCCAGCGUAGUUUUUCAUCAUCUCCUAUAAGAUUUGAUAAGGUUGUUACAAGGGCCAUGUCUGAAGCUAGUGAAAAAAAGCCUACUUCAGGGUUGCCAAUUGACUUGAAGGGUAAGAGAGCCUUUAUAGCUGGUGUUGCUGAUGACAAUGGAUAUGGUUGGGCAAUAGCCAAAUCUCUUGCAGCUGCAGGUGCUGAAAUUCUUGUUGGCACAUGGGUUCCUGCAUUGAACAUUUUUGAAACCAGCCUACGGCGUGGGAAGUUUGAUGAAUCACGCGUGUUGCCAGAUGGUUCUUUGAUGGAGAUCACCAAAAUAUAUCCUUUGGAUGCAGUUUAUGACACCCUUGAGGAUGUACCUGAAGAUGUAAAAGCAAAUAAGCGUUAUGCUGGAUCCUCUAAUUGGACUGUUCAGGAAGUGGCCGAAUCCGUGAAACAGGAUUUUGGCAGCAUCGAUAUCCUUGUGCACUCACUUGCCAAUGGGCCGGAGGUGACCAAGCCUCUGUUGGAGACAUCCAGAAAAGGCUAUCUUGCGGCAAUAUCUGCAUCAAGUUACUCCUACGUUUCUUUACUCAAGUGUUUCAUUCCUAUAAUGAACCCAGGUGGAUCUUCAAUUUCUCUAACAUACAUUGCUUCUGAGAGGAUCAUUCCAGGAUAUGGGGGAGGCAUGAGCUCAGCCAAAGCCGCUCUAGAAAGUGAUACACGAGUGCUCGCUUUUGAAGCAGGAAGGAAACACAAAAUCAGAGUCAAUACGAUAUCUGCUGGCCCACUACGAAGCCGUGCUGCAAAAGCAAUUGGAUUUAUUGAUACAAUGAUCGAGUAUUCGCUGGCUAAUGCACCUCUGCAGAAAGAACUAAGUGCAGAUGAGGUGGGGAACACUGCUGCCUUCCUGGCAUCACCUCUGGCAUCUGCCAUCACUGGUGCUGUCAUAUACGUCGAUAACGGUCUGAAUGCAAUGGGUGUUGGAGUAGAUAGCCCAAUGUUCGCAGACCUCAACAUUCCAAAGGACAAGCACUAGAGGUUUUAAUGCAUCAGCUCUGGCAUCUGCCGUCACCAGCACACUUUGUUUACAUAUUAUGGGCAUCAUCCAUGGAUAGCUCUGUCGGCAUCACCCAUUUUUUCCAUGAGGAUUUGUAUUUUUUUCUGUAGGAAGUCUCUUCUAUGAUAGGACUGGGAAGGAGGUAGAUACAUAAUCUUAAUUCCCCGUUGCAUUCAAUGAAAACCUCUCAGGAUUUCAGUGCAUAGAAGUAGUCAUCAUCCA